ACUGCUUGUGUUUGGAACGGUCUGCUUUCUGCCUUGUGCGUAGGAUGCAAUUGGAAGGAUCAGAUACUUUCCACGACCACGCACUGAUUCAGAAGAGAGAAAUUUUUGGCUUGAAUAUAAAGCAUUGUCUAGACAAGAAAGAAUAUGGAUGGACUGGCAAAGUCAGACGUGACAAUAUCCAUGACAAAGGAAGUCAGUAUGCAGUUGCUGUGCGCGUGAAUGGAUGUGAUCAAUUAUCUAGGAGAAAUGACAUGGAUGAAAACGUGACCAAUCAGACAGUGAUCUCAUGCGCCUAUUGUAAUCUAAAUAUAAAACAAGUAGUACAGGAUCAUUACGAAGAGUGACAAAUAUCCUCUAGACUGCAUAUACAAGUGUGGCAUGAUGGUUCAGAGAUGUCAAAUGGAAUAUCAUAUUGGCAUGCAGGGAACAUGUCCAAAGAGUCUUCUUGAUUGUGAAUUCAAAGACAGUGGUUGUCCGUUCAGAGGAAGUCGUGGUGACUUACACAGACACAUCGCAGACAACGUUGUCUUGCAUCUCAGUUUGAUUGCAAAUACUCUUGGAGAAACAAGAAAGAAAUCAGCUGAUACCGAAUUUCAAUUAAAUAUUGAAAUGAAAAUUGCAAAAAGACAACUAAAAGUUACGAGAGAUAAACUGGAAAAGACUAGAAAUAAACUGACAGAAACAACAGUUCAACUCUCUGAGGAGAUACGAAGAAGCCUCUUUUUCUCACUAGAGAUACCAAAGACGUUUUUGUUCACUUGGACAAUAGACAAUUGGCGUAAGAAAAUGAAACCUUCAAAAGGGAAGGAUGAUAUAGAAAAGAUUAACAGCAGUCGAUUCUAUGUUUAUCCGGGCUAUCACUUAUACAUGGUUGCCUACCCAAAUGGUAACCAUCCUGAUUACAGAGAAUGUCUGAGCACAUUUUUAUAUGCAGGUAAAGAGGAUUAUGACAAGACGGUCAGAUGGCCAUUUCUCUUUUCCUUUGAUAUUGAUCUUGUUGACCAACAAGUUGGAGGAAUGAAUAUUUGUCGUAAACUAUCACCACUAUAUCGAGAUGCACUGACGUCGUCCACGUGUUCUAAGGGAUGUGGUUAUCGAACAUUUGCUAGUCACCAACAAUUAGAGUCACGCUGCUACAUCAGAGAUGAUGCCAUUUGUAUAAGACUGUCUGUACACGUCAAGAACGAGGAGGCUCAAUACUAGUUAAUGUAAAUGCUCUAAAAAUAUCGAAUUUCUCUCGAUUAACAGAAUAGUGUUUGUAUCUGUUUGCAUGCUUUGUGACCCUGUAGUACAAUAACUAGAAAUGGUACAUUUUUUGUGCUCAAUUUAUUUGCGCAAACUCUUUGUGAUUUCAAAUUGCAUGAUUACAUGAUCUUACAACUUACAAGUAGUAGACUGCAUGCCAAAUGAUAUGGAAAUAUUACAUUUGCCUAUUGUAAUGCAGGCAAAAUGUAUCUAGACAUUGGGAAA